GGGCGGCAGAGGACUUACGUAAAAACACUUCCGAGGACUCUUUGGCGUGUAAAAGUCACGGUAUUCGGGUGUAUCCGCGUGGAAGUACGUGUACGGGUGGAUUACACGAGACCAACGUGGCGCCAUUCAGUACACAAGGAGUGAGUACUAAAGUACACACGGAGCGAGUACUAAAGUACACACGGAGCGAGUACUAAGUACACACGGAGCGAGUACUAAGUACACAAAGUGUUUCUCCGCCUCGGACCGACCGAGGACCGGAUUCUACCGUCUCUUCUUCAUAGAGGAUGUGGGUUCACGGAGCCGGUCACGAAUCACCGGAAUAAAGCGCCUUUCACCGGACUUCGCUUACACGGCACCGUGCGCGCGCGCGCGUGCGCGUCCACCAUGCUCGCGAACACGUCGCUGUACGCGGCGAAGAAACGCAAGAAGCCGGUGCAGAAGAUACCCAAGCCGCCGCCCCCCAAUGGCGCCAAGUCCAACCCGUCCAAGCGGCACCGCGACCGCCUCAACGGCGAGCUGGACAAGCUCAGCGGCCUGCUGCCCUUCAGCGGCGAGGUGCGGGCUCGGCUGGACAAGCUGUCGGUGCUGCGUCUCAGCGUCGGCUACCUGAAGGCCAAGGGCUACUUCAACGCUGCCAUGAAGAAGGGCCACAGCGCCUGCAGCUGGACCGGUGAGGGGAGCCUGGCGCUGGGGGCGGCGCCCACCCCGUCCAGCUUCUCCGGGACCCCCCCCUCCUCCUCCCGGGCGACCUCCAUCGACGGGGUCAGCUUCGACGAGGGCGACCUGCUGCUCCAGGCUGUGAACGGCUUCGUGAUGGUGGUGACGGCGGAGGGCUACGUCUUCUACACCUCCCCCACCAUCCAGGACUUCCUGGGCUUCCACCAGUCGGACGUCGUCCACCAGAGCGUGUUCGAGUUGAUCCACGCCGACGACCGAGCUCUCUUCAGGAGGCAGCUGCACUUCGCCCUCAACCUGGCCGGCAGCCAGCAGGACGGCGGCCUCAGCGAGCAGAGCUCCGCGGAGGUCAGCGCCAACGUGGUGACCUACGACCCCCGGGCCAUCCCCCCCGAGAACUCCUCCUUCCUGGAGCGCAACUUCUGCUGCCGCUUCCGCUGCCUGCUGGACAACUCCUCCGGCUUCCUGGCCCUGAACUUCCGCGGCCGGCUGAAGUUCAUCGGCGGGCAGAACCGGGUGUCGGCGGACGGGGCCUCGGUGCCGCCGCAGCUCGCCCUGUUCUGCAUCGCCACGCAGACGCAGCCGCCGAGCAUCCUGCAGAUCCGCACCAAGACGCUCAUCUUCCAGACCAAGCACAAGCUGGACUUCACGCCCCUGGGCAUCGACAGCAGAGGGAAGGUGGUCCUGGGUUACAACGAAGUGGAGCUCUGCAUGAAGGGCUCGGGCUACAACUUCGUCCACGCCGCCGACAUGAUGUACUGCGCCGACAACCACGUCCGCAUGAUGAAAACCGGAGAAAGCGGCUUCAGCGUCUUCAGGCUUCUGUCCAAAACCGGCUCGUGGAUCUGGGUCCAGGCCAACGCGCGGCUGGUCUUCAAGGCGGGGAAACCGGACUUCAUCGUGGCCCGCCAGAGAGCUUUGAUGAACGAAGAGGGAGAAGAUCAGCUGCGCCUCCGCCGGCUGCAGCUGCCGUUCAACUUCGCCACCGGCGAGGCGCUGCUGUACGACGUUGCCCCCGCCGUCGGCGCCCCCGACCCUUGCUCCGCCCCCAAGCAGAGGAAGCUGGACGACUGCACCGUCAGCCGCGGGUCCCUGCUGGGCUGCAUGCUGAGUCAGGACCAGUCUCUCUACUGCGAGCACAACAAGAACAACGCCUUCAACAGCAUCCACGACGCCGCCUUCAAGGACAGCCGCGCCACGGUCAGCGUGCCCACGGACCUCUGGGAGCCGGCCGCCGCCAGACCCGGGAGGUCCGAGGCCACGGCGCAGGACAUGAUGGAGACCCUGCAGCAGAUCCUGGGGGAGAACGACCUGAGCGAGGCGCUGGACGUAGGACCCGAGGAGCUGAGGAGCUGGGAGAGCGCCCUGCUGAGGAUGAGCAGCAACGGCUGCGAGGUGAGCGACAACCUGGAGGACAUCCUCGGCAACGACGUCCUCGCCUACGUGGAGGAGCAGCUGCGGCGGGAGGGCGCGCUCGAGCCGCCGGGCGCCGCCCCGGGCUCCUUCGGGGCUUCGGAGCCGCGGGACCAGAACCUGGGCUGGACCCCGGCGCCCCAGAGGCGGCCGAUCCCAAACGGAGGGCCGUCCAAUCCGGCCCCUCAGCAGGCCGCUCCGCUCGCCUUCGACCCGUCCGCGCCGCUCGCUGCCGGUCAGGUCCACCCCCGCCCGACGCAGAGCCCCCUCCAGACGUGGACGCCGAGCGGCCUCUGGGACCAAAGCGCCAGAGGUCAGUCAGCUCCUGGGUCCAGCGCUCCGUGGAGCUCCGCCUCCAACGCCGACCAAGCCUGCCGCUUCCUGGAAACGUUCGGGCAAAGUGCCCCGAGUUACCCCGUUGGGGGGCGCUUCGGGCUGACGACCCAGUUUUGCGCCGGGCCGGCCCCGGGGCUCGGCACCGCGCCGGCCUUCGCGCCUCCGGAGACUCCCGCCGCGCCGCUCCCUUUCCAUCCAAGCGGCCGCAUGUUCCGAGGCGCCCCCCCCUCCACGCCUCUGAGCGGCCUCCAGGCCGCCGGCUUCUACGGGGCCCUGCCCGGUGGGGGCGCCCUGCCCGGGCCGGGUGAUGCCGUGCCGCCGUGCCUGCAGCCCGACGCCGCGCUGAGCUUCUGUGAGCAGACGCAGGUCAGCCGCCCGCUGAACACCUUCUCCUCGCCGCCCAACGCCUACUACCCAGACAGCCAAUAGGAAGCCGCCGUGAAAGCGAUGCAGAAGGUAAGGAGAGACGCUUGGACUCCCCUCCUCGGAGCUGGUUGGAUUAUGUAAUAAAAAUGAUCUCCUGCUGGACACAAGCUGCUCGAACUCACUACCGCCCCCUUGUGCCCGGCCAAUGAGGCAGACGUGUCGACCCCUGACCUCCGGGAACCAGCUGACCGCGCUGGAUGUCGGGUAAAAACCGAACCAACGAUCGGACUACGCACAAGUCUCCAGUUGCACUUAAAAUCGCUUUUCAUUCAUUUUCUCAACUUUCGCAGCAAAAAGGUCAAAAAUAUGGAGGCCGCCUUUGUCAUGAAAAGGAAAAAAUCUCUCUAGUCGGUGCUUUCCUUUGUCACAUCUUUUGUAACUUAAUAUAUUUGAGUUUUAGACAUUUAAAAAAAAAGCAAUCGGCACUUUUGACAAUUUAUAGACAAAUACUUUUAUUGGAUUAAUGAGACAAACCGUUUGUCACUAAUGCUUCUCUGAUGAAGUAGAAUGGCUCUGGGACACCCCUUGUGGCUUGUUGAAAGGCAUUCUGGGUAAUGUAGUGAACCACUGACUGCAGUGGUGAAGGGUCACGGGUUCUUAUGAUCGUCAUUUUCAACACAUAACGAGCAGAACUUCUAACUUCAAGGCUUUAAAAUGUCAUCUAUCGUGUCUCUAAAGCUGCUGUGCAUGAGAUGUAAUCUUAAAUAUUACAGCGUCACGCACAAACAAAUAAGUUGUUAUCCUGAAAUAUUAUGUUCCAAAAAAGUGGAAGUAUUUAAAUGAUGCAAUACCUUCUUUUAAUAUCAUGUACUUUAUUCAACUUAAUGUAUAAUAUAUUUACUUAUACAGAACAUUCAAAAUGUCAUUUUCAAUGAUCUGAAAAAUUCAACAGCGAAUUGUAAUUAAUCCCCUAAUUUAUCUCAACCGCAGAUUCACCUCAAAUAAAAUCAAAUUAAAACAAGUAAUCACAGAUUGAUGUGUUUUACAAAAUAAACCUUAAGUGCUUUCGAUCACAAGGAGUCACAUAGAAAUAUAAAAUAUAUCUUGAUGCAAAAGCCUUUUUAGAUGUGUCACAUUCUAGGAGAUCGCAGCAUCUUUGUGUACUUGUGUGUGUGUAUAUAUAUAUAUAUAUAUGUCUUCUUUUUGCAUUCAUGUCAAACAUUUUGUAUUUUAUGUGCUGUCAUGUUGGCUUAACUUGGCUCAAGCAUCUUCAUAUUUGUACAUUAUCUGCACUCUUGAAAUCAUGUUGGUUUUGUAACUUUUCAAAAUAUUAUAUCUUGUGAAUUUGCCUUCGAUCAUUUUGAGUGAGUUUUUCAUGCACACCGUAUUAAAGGUGAUCUGAUCACACGUCCUUUGUC